ACCACGUCAUUAGUGCCUGACUACUUAACACACAGGUCGGACGUACAUGUAAAGGAAGAUAAAGAGUUGUAAAUUUCAGAUAGGUAGUUCAGUUGUUCGAUAAUCGUAGAGUAACGUAAUGUAAUUCAUUCGUGCGUGAAUGUUCUUAAUAUUUGUUUUGUAUAAAGAUAAAAUGAAUCGUGAAAUGUAACAUCAAAACACUAACAAUGUUCAGCAAAUACAGAAAUUUUCAAGCUGUAGUUCAGCCUAUCUUUCGAAGAUUGUCUACGGCAUUAAAGACUGAUGAAGGAGUUAGCCAAUGUAACUCGAAUUAUACAAGUACUCUAAAUAUUCACGAACCCGGUAAUCACUUACCCAUAUUCAGAAUUUUGAACGAAGAUGGGCAACUGAAUGAUCCAUCUGUUUCUUUGAAUUUAGAUGAGAAAACAUUGAUCUCCAUGUACAAAUGCAUGGUAUCGAUGAAAGAAACCGAUAAAAUUCUGUACGAAUGCCAACGUCAAGGUAGGAUAUCUUUUUAUAUGACGCAUUACGGCGAAGAAGCAGCUUCAGUAGGAAGUGCUGCAGCUUUGAACUCGGAUGAUUUGGUUUUUUCGCAGUAUCGUGAAGUUGGUGUCCUACAUUGGAGAGGUGUACCUCUCGACGAUUUAAUCAAUCAAUGCUUCGGUAACGAGGAAGAUCUAGGAAAAGGGAAACAAAUGCCAAUACAUUAUGGAUCAAAACAACACUCGUUCGUUACAAUCUCAUCGCCUUUAGCCACUCAAAUACCUCAAGCUGUUGGAGCGGCAUAUGCUUUCAAAAGGGCUAAAAAUGAUCGUUGCGUUAUCACGUAUUUCGGAGAAGGUGCUGCCAGCGAAGGAGAUGCCCACGCAGCUUUCAAUUUUGCAGCUACUCUAGAGUGUCCAGUCAUUUUCUUCUGCCGCAAUAACCAGUAUGCUAUUUCUACUUGUGCUGAUGAACAAUAUAGAGGUGAUGGUAUAGCAGGAAGAGCAGCUGGGUAUGGAAUUUCUGCUAUAAAAGUCGACGGUAAUGAUAUCAUAGCGGUUUAUCAGGCGACCAAAUUAGCUCGUGAAUUUAUUCUAAAGAAUAAUAAACCGAUUGUGAUGGAAGCACUGACCUACAGAAAAGGACAUCAUAGCACGUCUGACGACAGCACUGCUUAUCGAUCGAAGACAGAGAUAGAAAAUUGGGAAUCUAAAGAUCCAUUGAGAAGGUUGAAACUGUUUCUACAAGAUAAUAACUGGUGGAACGAAGAACUCGAAAAUGCGUACAAAAGUGAUAUUAAAAAACGAGUUCUAAGCUCCAUGGCAAUGGCUGAGAAGAAGAAAAAACCAAAUUGGAAAGAAAUGUUCAACGAUGUUUAUAACGAGAUGCCUGAAAAUUUGAAAGAACAAAUGAAAUACAUGGAAGAUCAUUUAUCAAAGUACAACCAACACUAUCCGUUGGAAAAUUUCAAAUCUUGAACGCAAGACAGAUUUGAAUAGAGCCACAUCUUUCAAAAAAAUGUUUGAUACAACCCAUUCAUAUUCUUCUUCUUGACAAAACAGGAUAGAAAAUAAUGACAAAUCUAAUACCUAAUUUCCAUUGUAAAAUCGUUCAAUUCACUAAUAUCACAUUAAAAUGGAGUGAAAAAAAUGAA